GCCUCGAAACGAAGCUUCAUUUGGACCCGCCCCUUCUGCUCGACACAAGCUUCGGAGCAAUACGUUGACAAUACUACCGCAUCUACGCAUCGGCUCUGUGUUCCGUCUCCACCAUGUCGUCUGGGAAGAUGGGGCUGUAUCGCUCGCAGCCGCGAGACUUCAGCAACCUCUUCCAGACAUGCAGCUCUAAUAUUCAGAAAAUAACACACAACACCGGCCAGAUCAAAUCCAUGCUGUUCCAGCUUGGUAGCAGACCAGACACUCCUGAAAUUCAGGACAGACUUCAGCAGAUGCAGCACUACACAAAUCAGCUAGCCAAAGAGACCAACAAGCACCUAAAAGAACUAGGUUCCUUACCGCCACCUCAGUCUCCUUCAGAACAGCGGCAGCAGAGGAUCCAGAAGGACCGACUGAUGAACGACUUUUCAGCAGCCCUCAACAACUUCCAGGUGGUGCAACGUCGAGCAGCUGAAAGGGAGAGAGAGUCCAUGGCCAGGGCUCGAUCUGGCUCACGCUUCUUGGUGGAAGAAAGCAACCAAGAAGAGCAACUUGUGACUUUUGAAAAGAAUGAAGAUCUGGGGCCAUUCCAGGGUCAGGUUGAAGAAGAGCCUAUUACAGAAGGGGACUUGGAGAUAAUCAAGGAGAGGGAAACCAACAUCCGGCAACUCGAGGCAGAUAUCAUGGAUGUGAACCAGAUUUUCAAAGAUUUGGCAGUAAUGAUUCAUGACCAGGGUGAUAUAAUAGAUAGCAUAGAGGCUAACGUGGAGAGCGCUGAGGUGCAUGUGGAGCGCGGGACUGAUCAACUACAGCGUGCUGCCUACUACCAGAGAAAAUCACGUAAGAGGAUGUGUAUUCUGGCUUUAGUGCUGUCCUUAGUGGUGACUGUCUUUGCCAUUAUUAUUUGGCAAUCUGUCAAAUAAGGUGACCUCACACAUUUAAAUCUGGUGCACUUUAGGAUCUCUAGUGGUAACAGGCUGGUAAGUGUUUUGUUUGUUUAUGGACAUAAACUGCAAGUUUAUUAUUUACAACCUCAAUCUGUGCAUUACAUAUUGACAGCAUCUUGUCUGCAUGUCCAGUAUUGCUUUUUAACUUUAAAGGCACAAUUUAAGUUCUUUGAAUUUUACAAGUAUUAUGCAAAAUAUGAUUUGCUGAACAAACAUAAAGAAAAUGCAAGUGAAUGAAAGAGUGACAGUUUGACUAAAACUACAGGUUUAAAAAAACAUGAGCCAUUUUUAUUGUUGCUUUACCAGGUUUAAAGUUUUUUUUUUUUUUUUACUUAAUUAUGAGUAAACAAAGUAUCUGUUUAAAAUGAGGUAGAGAUAAAACUUACCGGUUAGUUACGUCUUUUUACCCAUUAUAAUAUGUUGUCAAUAUUUAUUAAAAUAAAAAUCAUAUUCUCGUAGAGACUACCAAUAAAUGGUGAAUAUGGCAAAUGUUUUAAGAAAAUUGUCAUUGUUUUGACCAAAUAAUUCUGAAUUUACCAAGUGACAGUUUUUCAUUUUUAUUUUCAUUAAAUGUUUACUUUUGUUCAGAUUUGGUGUAUAUGAGAUUUACAGUUAUAUUAUUUUAAUUUCUUUACUCCACAUAUGAUAGCAGUGAGUGACAUAAUAUCUGGAUGAUUCUGCAUAUGUCUGCAGUCCAAGAAAUACUUACAUCACAAAUUUGCCAUUUGAUUUUCGGUCUUACAAAAUGGUAGCAUUAUACAAAGUAAAACUCACAGACUGUUUAUUUAAAAUCAGUUGUGCUAAGGGACAAAAUUUACAAAAACAUGUCAUUGUCCUGAUGUAAACUUCAUUAUGAAGGUGUGGAGCAUAUUGUACAGGUAGUGGUCUAUUUUAUUUUUAAAAGCCUGUUGUAAAUUCCAAACGUGUCUCAGUGAUAUCUUUUGUAUAAUAAGAUUAUUGUGAUCUUACAAAAACUGCAUUUUUUUUUCAACAAGUAUGUAACAUUGGUGGUACAAAAUGUGUAUAUAAUUGGCUGCCAUUCACAUGAUAAAGCUACUGUGGGGCGUUCUUUCAAACUGCACUGGUAAUAUAUUCAUAUGUUGUUUGUGUAUAAAUGAGCGUGUGUGGUUGUGUGUGUUUUAUCUCUCUUUUAUUUCAAGUGUCAACUAAUUAAACAAUUAAUCAAUAUCAGUAACUAAAAAUUUAACUACUCUGAUGUGUUGAGAUCUGACUCAGCCUAAUGAAUUCCAAGUAAAUAGUUUAUUUCAAUGUAAAAUCAUAUCUGUUGAUACUAAGUACCAAUAUGUGGUACUCUCUUUUCAUUAAAAAACACACACAUGUAUGCACGCACAGUUAUUUUGGUGAACACAAAUGUUCCUCGCAUGACUAGUACUGUAUGACUAUAGUCAUAUUUAGUAAAAGAUCAUCACAAUAGGAUAGGUGCCGCUUUUUUUUCACUAUGAACUUCUUUAACUUUAUCUACGAUUAAAAUCUUCUUCCACAACCAAACAUUUUUUUUCCUUUCUUUCUUGAAAAUGGUUAAUGUCUAUUACAGUAAGCUUUAGGUACACUAAUUAUAGUGGGAAAUCUGAAGUCCAAGCUUUCAUUAUGAUUUAUGUAAUGAGGUCUCUCACUUUACACCUGUCUUUCAGUAUAUUGAAAAUAAAUAAGAAUGUCUAUCAUGCUGUUUAA